AAGCGAUUUGAACAAAAAGGUGUGCGUGUGAUGGUGAAAUCCACGGCUGAAAAACUCGAGGGAACGGAUGCGGUCACCGGCGUCGUUUUGACUAGUGGUGAAAAGCUUCCUGCAGAUGUGGUCGUCGUCGGAAUAGUUUUUAAGCGAUUUGAACAAAAAGGUGUGCGUGUGAUGGUGAAAUCCACGGCUGAAAAACUCGAGGGAACGGAUACGGUUACCGGCGUCGUUUUGACUAGUGGUGAAAAGCUUCCUGCAGAUGUGGUCGUCGUCGGAAUAGGAAUCGUUCCACCAACUGAGUGGCUAAAAAAAACCCGCAUUGAACUUGAUGAACGAGGUUUCAUCGUAGUAGAUGACCACUUCAGAACCACUGCCGAUUUUGUAUAUGCAAUCGGAGAUGCAGUAAGCGCACCGUUACCCUUGUGGGACAUUGACAAUAUCAACAUUCAACAUUUCCAAGUUGCGCAAACCCAUGGUCAACUUCUUGCCUAUUCAAUUAUUGGCCGACCAUAUCCUACUCAGCUGAUCCCCUUCUUUUGGACGGUAUUCUUCUUUGAGUUUGGCAUACGUUACGCAGGUCAACUCCUUGCCUAUUCAAUUAUUGGCCGACCAUAUCCUACUCAGCUGAUCCCGUUCUUUUGGACGGUAUUCUUCUUUGAGUUUGGCAUACGUUACGCAGGAUGUGCUGAGGGAGCAUCAAAUGUCAUUCUUCAUGGUAGCUUAGCGGACAUCAACUUCGCCAAAUAUUACCUAAAAGAUGAUGUUGUGGUAGCCGUGGCAAACGCUGGCCCAACCCCAACAGCCAUCCAAUUUUUGGAGAUAUUCAAAAGAAAAAUCAAAGUGACGCGUGAAGAUGUUGAAAAGAACACAUCUGAUGACUGGAUGGCUUUGCUGAAUGAGUGA